AUGGUUUUUUUUGCCCCGUUCUGCUGUUUGUGGCUUGUCCCGGGGUCGGGGAUUGGGGAGCGGUCCCCUGAGGUGCUCCUUGUGUCGUCCCCCCCCACGCAGGUGACACCGUGCGGCCCGGCCACCCCCUGCCCCCCCGGGCAUUUCUGCGACGAGCACUUCGGGCUGUGCCUGCCCCGGCGCCCCGAGGGGCAGUUCUGCCGCCGCGACACCCACUGCGCCCACCGCCUCCUCUGCAUGUUCGGCAAGUGCCAGCAGCCCGUGCCCGACGGGCAGGAGGGAGCGCGGUGCCAGCGGGACGAGGAGUGCGGGCCGGGGGGCUGCUGUGCCCGGCAGCACGGCGAGCGGGUGUGCCAGCGGCGGCUGGCGCUAGCCCAGAGCUGCCACGUCCCCCCCGGGGGGCUCGCCUUCAGCAUCAACCAGAUCUGCCCCUGCCAGGCCGGGCUGGUCUGCAGGGCCACCCCCCCCGGGCGAGAGUGA